GUUAUGAGAAAGCUUUAGAAGAAAAUACAUCAAACAUAAAAGAAGAGAAACAGAAUAAUGGAAGCAGCAAGAAUGGGUUUUGGUGCUAAAACUCUCCCUCACCUUGGCAACGGCACUCGUCUUCCUCUUAAGACGAAACUCUUGCGCUUUCCUUUGCAUUUGCUUCACAACCAUAUUACGCUUUCUCGGGUAUCGACAAAACACAACUUAUGUGUUAAGGCAACUAGUGAGAGUAUUGGUGAUGUUGGGAGUAGUCGUCCCUUGCCUCAUGUUGCUCCCACUCUUUGGGGAGAUCAAAUCCUCUCUGUCCCCACCGAAAACUCGGAAUUUUACGCACUAGCUACAGAGAUUGAAUCAAUUAUAAAGCCGAAAGUGAGAAACAUGCUAAUGUCCUCUCACAACACUGAUAAAGAGAGAAUAGUUCUCAUCCACUUGCUUAUCUGUCUUGGUACUUCCCAUUACUUUGAGAAGGAAAUUGAAGAGAUCCUAGACCAGGCUUUUCAGAAGUUGGACAUGUUAAUUACAGACAAAGAUGAUUUGGAAACAACUGCCAUCAUGUUUGAGGAAUUCAGAUUAUAUGGACACCAUAUUUCUUGUGAUGUGUUCGAUAAGUUCAAAGGUGUUGAUGCAAAGUUCAAGGAACAUCUAGUCAAGGAUGUUAGAGGAAUGCUACAAUUGUACGAAGCAGCGCAUCUCGCAACACCCUUCGAAAAUAUAAUGGACGAAGCUCUGAGUUUCACAAGGUAUCACUUGGAAGUUAUGGCCAGCCAAGAAGUGACCGCUCCUCAUAUCUCAAGACAUGUACUAAACGCAUUGUACAAACCUCGGUUUCAUAAGAUAGAAAUAGCAGCUGCGAGGGAAUAUAUUUCUUUCUAUGAAAAAGAAGGUCAUGAUGAGACGUUGCUCAAGUUUGCGAAGCUCAACUUCAACUUCUGCCAGCUCCAUUACAUUAGAGAGCUAAAAUCUCUCACCAAAUGGUGGAAGGACAUUGAUCUUGUAAAGAAGCUACCUUACACUAGAGACAGGCUUCUUGAGACCUUCGUCGGUUGCCUAGCAUUGUAUGUCGAGCCAAAAUAUUCACUUGGGAGAAUUAUAACCACUAAACUUUCCCAAAUAUUGGUAGUACUGGAUGACACAUGUGAUGCAUAUGGAACUUUCUCUGAAGUUAGAAGUCUUAUUGAUUCUUUGCAAAGGUGGGAUCUUGGUGCCAUUGACGAACUACCGAUCUCUUUGAGAAUCGUCAUCCAAAAUGUAAUUGAAACUAUGGAAGAUAUUGAAAGAGAAAUGAAGCCGCGGGGAAAAUCCUCUACUGUGCAAUACAUAAUAGAAGAAAUUAAACGCGUUGGGAGAGCGUUCUUAGAGAUAUCAAAAUGGGCACGAGCAGGUCAUGUUCCAACCUUUGAUGACUACAUUAAGGUUGGGACUGUCACGGCUGGAUUUAGAUGCUCUGUAGUGUACAGCAUUUUAGCAAUGGAAAACUGUGAUGAAAAUCAAACGAACGAGUGGUUCAAAUCCGUACCCAAAAUUAUAUUAGCUUUGGCUAUUAUACUUCGUCUUGAAAAUGACAUAGCCGGCUUUGAAGAAGACAUGAGGAGAGGAGAGGUGGCUAAUGGGGUGAAAUGUUACAUUAAGCAACAUGGAGUUACCAAAGAAGUGGCCAUUAGCGAAAUGAAGAUGAUGAUUAGAAAUAAUUAUAAGAUAGUCAUGGAGGAGUUCUUGAUGAUAAAAAGUGUGCCACGUCCGAUUCUGGUACGGGUCCUCAACAAUGUACGAAUGAUCAAUGUUUAUGAUUACGAAGAGGGUGAUGGGUUUACCAAUCCCCAUGAAAAGCUCAAAGACCUCAUCACCUCUUUGUUCUUUAAGCCUCUUCCGCUUUGAAGACUUGGCUCCCUACCAAAAAAAAAUAAUCAUCUCUACACUUG